ACUUGAUUUUUAGUAUUGUACACUAAAUGUUUAUUGCAUUUCGCGCGCAUCAAGAAAAUUACAAUAAUUCUUAAUAAUUUUCAUUUGUUUCUGUCUAAAUACUGUGCUUCAAACAUAUAGCAAAGUUACCAAAAAUGGACGAAUUCAAAGUGCCACUUAUGCCAACAAUCUUAGCAAGCAAAACAGAAAAACCACCAGAAACACCAACAAGUGAUGUUAAAGAUAUUGGCAGAGAUAAAACAAAAGAACCGGCGAAAGGCCCUAACGCUAACACAGCAAAUCAAAUUUGUCCAUACAAAGUGCCGCCAUGGUCCGCACCACCACCAGCAACUAACAACUAUAAAUUUGAAGUUUUAAAAUCCGGACAAAUAAUAAGUGAAAUCGAUAAUUUACAAAAGCAAGCAGUUUGGAAGUUUGGACGUUUACCACCACCGGCAAACGAUCUCGAAUUGGCGCAUCCAACAAUUUCACGUUUUCAUGCAAUACUACAGUAUCGCCCCAAAAAGGAACCAAUUGACACUGAGGAGAGCUCCGAUAAUACGAGUGCAGAUCCACCAGAGGGUUGGUAUAUAUACGAUCUAAAGAGUACGCAUGGCACAUUUUUGAAUAAACAACGUAUACCACCGCAGGUUUUCAUACGCGUGCGUGUUGGGCAUAUGUUACGUUUGGGUGCCAGCACAAGAUCUUAUAUUUUGCAAAGACCAGAGGAAGAUGCCGAACCAGAGUCAGAUUUAACUGUAACUGAAUUACGUGAACAGCAAAAACAGAAAAUAGCUGAUGCUGCAGCUGAAGCGAUACGUAAAGCGGCAGAAGCCGAAGAGCGUGAACGCAAUGAGGGUAUCAGUUGGGGUAUGGGUGAAGAUGCCGAUGAGGAAACAGACUUAUCGCAUAAUCCAUUUGCAAGCACCAACAAUGAAGAAUUAUUUCUCGAUGAUCCCAAGAAAACGCUGCGUGGCUAUUUCGAACGUGAAGGACUAGAAUUGGAGUACAAGUGCGAUGAAAUGUCUGUUGGUUCGUUUGUUUGUCGCGUAGAACUGCCACUGGAUGAUGCUUAUGGGCGCCCUAUUAUUGCUGAGGUGGUGCAUAAAGGUCGCAAAAAGGAGUGUGUUGUGCAAUGCGCUUUGGAAGCCUGUCGAAUGCUAGAUCGACACGGCGUGCUACGACAAUCGAAUCAAGAACCUUUAAAGCGAAAAGUGAAAUCUCAAGCCGACUCUGACGAUGACGAUUUUCUUGACAGAACAGGAGAUAUUCAAAGAAAGAAAGAGCGAAAAUCAAAUCCUACAACUAAUGUGGCUUUAACGUACGAAGAUUUGCUUAAGAAAGACUCAGAACUUGUAGAGGAACUACAAAAAGUUGCAGAUGAUAUCGCGCGUUAUCAAGAAACACAACGUCGCCUUAAAGCUGCUCAAUCUAGUAACAACGAAGAUCUCGAUCACUUUAUGGAAAACUUAACCGAUGACGCUUCCAACCUGGAUAAGACAGAAAUACGAAAAUUACGGUUGGAGCAACAACGUCUCAAUGCCGAAAAACAAAAAGUGCAAAGACUGAUCAAAAUUGCUAAACCUAUAGAUUUACAGUUAAAUAAGCCAAACGAAACGGCGAAAGCUGACUCGAGUACAAAGCGACAGUUACCCAUGAUUGGUAAACGCAAUCAGUUCAGCAAAUUUAAAAUAGCAAAGAUUAUUACAACUAAUAAGAAGGAGGAAGCAAACUGCGCAAAUUUGGCUUCUGAUGAAGAGGAAGUGGAGGAAGAUAAUGAGACACGCAACAAUGUUGUAACUAAACCUGUUACGACGGAAGCUGCUGCUGCCACAGAAGCAGAGCAAAGUGAAGAAAUACCCAUGGACACAGAAAUUGUUGAGGCAACUGCGCAAACGUCAGAUAAGAGUAAAAAGCUGCAGAAACCCACUGUAGACCUUCCUAUAUUAAAGGAUGAAAAGGAAGAGCAUGUAACGGCGGAUUCGUCUGUGAAACCAAUAGAUACAAAAACAACUUCAACAGAAAUUGAAGAUGCCACAGAAACAGAGUGUACGCGAAAAAAGCGUAGACAGCGUCAAAGACAACGUCAGAAGCGACAAGAUAUCGAUGUGGACGAGCUCGAGGAGCAUGAAUCAAGUGAAAAGUAUGCCAAGUGGGUGCCGCCACCUAAUCAAAGUGGCGAUGGUUAUACAGAAUUGAAUGACAAAUAUGGUUAUUAGGCUCUUUUAUUUCCAUGUAUUGUAUUAUGGAUUUUUAUAAAAAACUUUAAAUACAAACACAACUAAUUUAAAUUUAA